AUGUCCCAUACCACGCCUACAACUGUCCGCGCCUUCUCAUCAUCACCCACACCCGCCGCGAAGAAAACAUAUCAGCUAAAACGCCUAGCCAAAGCAAAGAAGCUCCUAAAGACCGUAAACGCGACCCAAUCCACAGACGCCUUUGGCAUACGCGAGUUCCUAGACGAUGUCCAAGAACCAAACGAAUCCGAGAAAAUCCUUCGCGACAUCGAAAAAAAGAUCGCAAGCCUACAACGCCGCAUCCUCGACGUUGAGAAAGACACACCACUCGCUUCUGGAUCCCGCGCGCCCGCCUCAUCCCUGACCUUCGAAGUGCGUACAUCGGAUGCGUUCGAUGCCGUCGGCACCAAAGUCGAUAAUGCAACGGGACCAUCGAAACGGCCAGGCCGGCAUGAGCGCGAGCUCGCCCGGCGACGAAAACAAGAAAGAUUUCGAGACGAGAAACUAAAUGAACUCGGCAUCCUCUUAGAUGACUAUAGAAAACAAGCCGCAGUCCUCAAAGCGGAAGCGGAGAAACAAGCUGAGAUGCGCAAACGGAGGGAAGAAGUUCUGGCGAAGAAACGCGCGUUACUCCAGCAGCUAAGCGCAUAUGAAGAGGAGGAGCGGAGAGCCAGUCUUGUGAGGAGGACGACGAAGAAUGAAGGACAGGGUUUGGCUGAGGGGUUUGAUCUUGAUGAUGUGCUGGAUGACGCUAUGGGUAGGGUUAAGAAGAUGCCGAUGCAUCCGCCGAGGGAGGAGAGAGGGUAUAAAGAGAGGGAGGUCAAGGAUGUGGAUGUGCCGAGGGCGAAGAGGCUGAUGAGACCAGCGGGGACGGGGGCUGUGUCGGUUUUGGCGAGGAAGAACGAGGACGAUGCGUUGGUGGAUCCUAUUAUGGACAAGGAACGAGAUCAUGGAACAACACCGACCAUGGGAAAGCGAGUCGAUGUCGCUGCAGUCGAAGAUGUCAUUCCUCCAGUCGCAAACGCAGGAGAUCCCUUCCCUCCCGCGUCUCUCCAACAAAAGAAACCAAAGGACGCCAACAAAACUAUCAAGAAGGACAUUCCACGCUCUCCAUUAUCUUCACCGACAUCGAAGGAUGACUUACGUCUCAACAUCCCCCCCUCAGGUAUCAUCCCCAUCGACGCCGAUCUCAUCAUUUCCUUCGACGCCCCCGUUCCCCACCUCCAACAACAAGUCCUCGCCCUACGCGAUCGCCUCAAGUCCUCUUACCCCCGCAUCGACAACCUCCCCUACGACGUGUGGACCUCGUCCAACAAACGCACUUUGCAGACCUGGCUCAAGAUCUUGAUCAGUCGGUGGAACGCGCGGUUCGACGAUGUUCACGGCACGGGCCAAGUUGAUAAAGGGAUUGUGGAUGAUAGGGUCAAGGAGGUGCUGGAUUCUAUGGUUCGCGAACAUGAUUUAGAUAAUGACGCGGCGGAACGCAUGGCCAUGCGCUGGCAUGAGGCGUUUGAGAGGAGGUGGGAUAUGAGGGGGGAUGCGGAGGGGGUGUUGGAUUGGGAGGAGAUGGAAGCUGGUGGUAUGGGCUUCCUUAGUAUUGAGACAGAAGAAAGUGGGAUUGAAGUGCCGGUGGGUGGGAUUGGUGAAGAGGUGGAUGUCGAGAAGAAGCAGACAGAGUCAGCGCCCGUGAGAUCAGCAGGGAGUGGCGUAACAAUGCCGGGGGUGAUGGGACGGAGGAUGUAUUCGACGGUGGACGCCAAACCAGACGCGAAAACCGAUCCCGAGGUACAAUCUCAACCUGUAGAACCCCCACCAUCCCUACCACACCUCACCCCCUCCGGAUCCGCCCACAUGGUCUCCGUGUCCGCCAAAGAACAUACCACCCGCACCGCCAUCGCCGUAGGAACCGUGUAUUUCACCAAUGCCGUCCCCCUCCGCCUCAUCCGCUCAAACGCCAACAAGAAAGGAGAUGUCUUGGGUACAUCACGCAUAGCCGGCAUAAUGGCCGCAAAAAAAUGCCCAGACCUAAUCCCUCUAUGCCAUCCCAUCGCCUUAACACACGUUAGCGUUGAACUACGACCCUUCGGCGACGUCAAACACCCUGACGACAUCAAGGAGCGCGAUUGGUACCCGGAGAUGAAGGUGGAUAAGAUUGGCCAUGGCGGUGUGGCGAUUGAAGCGAAAGUGCAGUGUACGGGGCCGACAGGCGUGGAGAUGGAGGCUCUGACGGCGGUUAUGGGCGCCGCGCUUAGUGUGGUGGAUAUGUGUAAGGCGGUUGAUCGGAUGCAGAGGGUUGAGGGGGUUAGGGUUGUGGUCAAAGAGGGGGGUAAGAGCGGGGUGUGGAGGGAGAGGGGGUGGAGGAGUUGGCAGGAAUGA